AUGUCCUACGGAAACCAGGAAUACGGCGGCGGCUCAGGCGGUAACAACUACUACGACCAGAGCCAAGAUUUCUCCGGCCGCAACGAAUCCCACGGAAACCAGGGCUACGGCGGUUCCAGCGGUGGCUACGGCGGGAACCAAAACCAGGGUAGCUACGGUGGUGGUGGUCGUCAGGAAGAAUCCUACGGCAACCAGAACCAGUACCAGAACCAGAACCAAGGUGGCUACGGCGGCCGCCAGGAAUCGAACUACGGUGGAAACAACAGCUACGGUGGAAACCAGGGUGGCUACAACAACCAAGGCAGCAGCUCCGGCUACGGCGAACAAACCCAAUCCCACCACAACCGCCGCAACAGCAACAGCAACAACAGCGACGACGACUUCAGCAGCGCGGCGCAACACGCACAGGAACACCACGACAGCGGUGCAUCCGGGUCUCUCUUCAACUCUGCAUUGGAUUUCAUUAAGGAGCGGAAGAGUCAGUAUAAUGAUUCUGAGGUUGAUGAGGAGCAUGCUGUGAAGUCGCACCAGGCUAUGUAUGGCUCUGGGUCUGGGUCUAGUUCUGGACAGCAUGAUAGCCAGACUCUUGGCGCCGGCGCUGCUAUGCAGGCUUUGAAGAUGUUUACCGGUGGUUCGAGUUCCGGGUCUGAUGGCGGUAUGGAUAAGAAUAAGUUGAUUGGGCUUGCUAUGGCUCAGGCUGGGAAAUUGUGGGAGGAGAAGAAUAGUUCUGGGAGUGUGUCUGGUGAUAAGCAGUCUGCUGUUAACAAUGCUGCCGAGAUGGCUCUUAAGAUGUACAUGAAGAGUCAGGGUGGUGGUAUUGGUGGUACUGGUGGUCCCAGUGGAUUGAUGGGUUUGGCGAGCAAGUUCCUCUUAUAA